AUGUAUGUACAUGAAAAUCCUAAUGUAUCCUCUACAAUCACCAUAUCCCCAAUUCGCAUAGCUCCUGAGUCCCCAGUUCUCAGCCGUAAGAGCACCGCGCAAUCCGUUAGCAGGUCAAGACCUGAUAGUGAACAAUUAACCAGGGGCAGUAAUGCAGGCGAACCAUCAGGUCCACAGCAGGAGUCGGUGUCGGACAAGGCGGCUCUGAAGGUCAAGGCAUCGGAUAGCCUCACCCGGACUAACACAGGAGGCGUAGCCUCCACCUCUGUGAGCACGAAUAGCUUGGUCUGUAGGUUCUGCUCGAAGGAUUUCCUCAAUCAAAGCAGUCUCAACAAGCACAUGACUUCACACUCCGACAUCCGGCCCCACACAUGUCCGGAUUGCAACAAGUCCUUCAAAAGAGUCGACCAUCUCACCUCGCAUACCAUGACUCAUAGACUGGACCGGCCGUACGUGUGCAAGAUUGGGCUGUGCAUGAAGCGGUACAAGGAGAAACGCCAACUCAGGAAACAUUAUGAGAGUUGCCAUUUGCUGUACGAUGACGGGCAGCCAGAGAUCGCAGGGUCAGAAUCUGUGGAGAAGCUCAAUGCGGGUAGCAAAAGAGCGGGGAAUGAACAAGGCAGAUCUCCCAUCUCAGAAACACUAAUACCAACGCAUACGCCCAUCUCCCACGACCCGUUUGCGUGUGCAGGUGGCGAAUCCUCGCCCGAUGGUGGUGGCUUCAACGACUACCAUGCCACAGGCACCAACAGCAGCAGACGAGCCACGCUCAAGAGCACACACGCGGGGAGUACUAACAGCCUUGUACGCAACAGUACAAGCUCAGCAACAUCGCAGGCACGUGGCAGAGGCGAUCUGGACGACGCCCACGUGCUACGGAGCCGACAGUCCCAGCAGCUGUAUCCGCGGAAUCCGAUUGGUGCGGCGAUAAAACCCAAUCAUCUUGGUGCGGAUAUAAAAUCGCGGCGCGAGAGCGCGUCAGGGCCGAGUUUUAAUGGGCCGCGCGACGAGUAUGCCGAUGCGAGUGGGGAGAUGACGACGUCAUGGCGUGACAAAACGUCUAAAUUCAGCCUCUUUGAAGACCCCCAAAGAGCGAUGAAUGACCCUGAUCGGGCCAUGGCUGCCGAGGCGGGUGUGGGUGUUGAGAGUGCUAGCACUACACAGCGCCGCAGUAGUGAGAUGUUUAACCCAUUUGCUGAACACCCGCGUAGAAGUACCAAUGACCUCCGCCAGUCUAUGGCUGAGACGCACGGCGAGGGUGAGCACAGUGCUAGAGAGGUGUAUGGGAGUGAAUACUACAAUGCUGCGAAUAGUGAAGACACGCUAUCGAGAAACCGUAACCAUGGCGACGAUGGCAGGUGGAGGGAUGCUCCGGGCGCUGGGCCACGGGGCCCACGACAGGAAGGCAUGUAUGACGCACACGCCACAGUCAGAGAUGCUAUAAAUAGACAUACGGCAUAUGAGCGGGAGGCUAUAAAUAGAACACGUAAUGCGCACAACCUGCGCGAAAUGCGACCGGCGGUGGCACAGAGGGGCCCGUUGGCGCACUCGCCGCCACUACCGGCACCGCUGCAGCCACUGCGCAGCCGCGGAAUAGACCAACCCCCAUUAGGCAAGCCCUUAUUAGGAAAGCCGCCAGUUGGCAAGGAGUCGCACUUACAGCGCCUGCACCCGCAUAGCAUUGGGGCAGAGCGUCUUUCGCGAAGUAGCUCUACGGGAGAGCUGGAGAUCAAAAACGAUGCGCAUGUGUCCCAGAAUCCGCUUGUUGCGGGCCAUGCGCAAAUGGGGCCAAAUUCGGCCCGAAGUCCUGCUCGUGCGGCUGCACGGAGUCCACACAUGGACAUGGGGGAAGGCGCUGGUGAGGGUGUGGGAGGGUUGCAUCGAGAAGAUACAACCGAUGUAGGAGGUAGAUUCCGUGGAAUGGGCCGGAAGUCUCCCAGUCUGGCGCGCAUAUCGCCAAAUUUGGGACACAGCUUGCCCAAUAUGGGCAGGGAAUCGGCAGCAGCUGGCGUUUUGUCGCCCGGAAUCGAGCGGACCUCGCCUGCCAAGGGACGUCUGCCGGACUCUCGUAUGCCAGAUGCCAAAGCGCUAUUCUCCCGCUCAGUGGAAGGCAUGAGUGUUGGUGGGCGCGACAGAGGGGGUGCUGCGGACAUACAUGCGUACGCAGACACAGACACUGCAUAUGCUGACCGAGGCGGCGGCUAUGCACGGGCCGGCAUGGCGUAUGCGGGUGCACGCACGCCCUAUGCCGACACACGUCACCCAUACGGGGACGCGGACGAAGCAUACCCAGACGCACCCGCCAAUGCACCCAGGGGCUCUGACGCAAUGCCGCGUAGGCACACAGGCACUAGCAACAACAUGGACAACCCCCACGCACGCUUUGGACGACUGGAGAGUGCGCCGGGACGGCCUAGCAGUGUACAGCCGAUCUCCAACAAUGGACUGGGACGGCCGCUGAGUGUACUGGGCACCACAGCAGUGAGUGAAGGCUUGAAGGGUUCUGGCCCAGAGUGGUCGGGGGGUGUAGACGAGCCAGUUGGUGCGGCUGGAUGGUCGAGGGGUAGGGAUGCCGAGGUAGACAAUACCGGGAUGUAUAGCGGGUCGGGUGCGGGUGCGGGUGCGGGUGCGGGUGCGGGUGCGGGUGCGGGUGCGGGUGCGGGUGGAGACAUGGGCGAAUUUACGCAGACGCAGACACCGACGGAAUACCCAGGAGCAGCACAACGGCGAUGGAGGAAUGACUCAUCGGGACUGGUGCGAGAGAGGGGGGCCUAUAUUGAAACCGAGAAGGGUCUUUCGAGGGGUGUAGGUACGAACACCCAAGCACAGCCCCCAGCACAGCCACCGGGUUUGCCGAAUCCGCUGAAUGCUCAGUACAAGCCGCGCAAAGGUGUGGUGGGCAAUGGGCUCGAGAGUGCACCGAACAGCAGCGAGAAGGCGUCCCCCCGCAAGAAGAACAUGUUCCCGGGCAUGGGCAGGAUCAACAUCAAACAACACACCUUCAAGUCUUCUCCGUAUUCGCAACAGCCAAAAGAGGGUAACCGCUUACAACCCUGUACCUCCGCAGGACUGGGGAGUGCUGCUCACUCUCCGAACGGCGUUGCAUCGGUGACUGAUCACAGUGGCAAAGUCAGAAAAAGGACUGAUGCCGAGCUACUCUACGCCGAUGUCACUGGAGAAUUGGGCGGUCCCAUAUCAGACUACCACCAUGCACAAAGGGCGCUGAUGUGUGAGCAGAACCAGAGACAACGCGCCAAAGACCUGGACGUUGGAAAACAAUCAUUGGGCAGUAAUGGUAUUCAGCUCACGCCACACGAUCGUCCCGUCUACAAACUGGGUAACACCAGCAGCUACAACAUCGGUGACAGCAACACGCAUCUCCAAGGAGAGAUGCGCACACACGCGCCUGGAGUCUCGACUACGCACGCGCUAGCGCUUGCACAAGCAGCGGACGAAGCCAGACAGCGACGCGAACACGCGCUGAAUCGGAAAGGAGGCGUAGCCUGGCACUCGCGACCAAACUCGCGCCUGAGACAGAGCAGGCCACAGUCUCGAGCGUAUACACGCCCAGAGUUGAGGUCGCAGCCACCAGCGCACACGCCUGUGACUGGGGUGAGUGCGUCCGUGUCCCUGGAGGCGGAUGUGAGAGAUGUUGGAGAGGGAACGAUCGCGGGAGAGGCAGAUAUAAACACAGUGGAGAUGGAGACAGAGGUAGAGGAGGAUAGUGGGCAUGUACCCGAAGCAAGUGAAACACAGGCACAGGCAGGCAGCGUGGGUGAGAUAGAGGAAGAAGUGAAAGAUGAGAUGGAUGUGGAUGUGGAGGAGACGAGUGCUGGUGUGGUGGGAGAUGCCGAUAAGGCACAGGAACACCCAGAAGAAGACCUGAGCAAAACAGAUGGGGAGCAUUCAGGCGAGGGGCCGAGUGUGAUGGUUGUACCUGGAGGAGAUAGUGAAGAUCCAAGUGAUACAGAGAACAAGGGUAUCCUCGAUGUCUCGCAGCGGGAUACGGCAUCUGGCAAACACAGCCAUGUAAUUCACUGGUCACGAGGCUUCCACGAUCAAAAUGGGAAGUACUAUCCAGGCGGAGUUAUGGUGUCCCACAAAUCUGGCAUCACACACGUGGGGCCUAAUUACCAGUGUGAUCUUUCGUUUCUGGACGAAGAAAAUGGAGUCGAAGAAAAUACUAUUGAAGAAUUUGGUGGGGCGCAGACACACAACGAGUUGUUGUGGCAACCAGACUCAGUGGACGACGAUAGCUUGAAUGUGAUCUUGGAGUACUCGGACCUUCUUAAGGUACGCCAACCCGCUGGCAUGAAGUGGUACUAUGAGGAUAUCCUGCACUUGUGCAUGAAUGCGCCCCACUUGACUUCUGUGCUUGUGAGUCUUCUCGACUCCGAAGUUCGGGCGAAGUACCGCACUGUGCCGCAAUGGACCGACGAGGAGAAAAAUUUAUUCAGAGAUGGCUUCUCCAAAUACCAAAAGGAUUUUAGAGCAAUCAGCCAAGAGAUCCAGACCAAGAGCAUAGCCGAUGUCGUCGCCUACUACUAUCACUGGAAGAAGGAUGAGAAUACAGACUAUCGAUAUUCUCUGAGCAAGAGAAUACCCCCGGCGACACCGGAAGAACCCACCAGCCGCAGGCGACAGGCGAUCGGAAAUAACCGCUCGUCGUAUGCAGCAAAUGGUGCCCACACGGCUGGUGCAAGUCCUGCCAAACCGUCGCGGAAUAGAAACAGAGGUACAACUAAACGAAAGCGUGGACGUAAACCUAAGCGCAAACACAGCAGCGACCGUGAGACACAGCCUAGUGGCACCGAACUAUCUUCCAGUUCCGAUAGCAGCUCUGAGGAGAGUGGCGAUAGUGGGGAUAGGGAGUGUGCGGUGGUUACUGAUGCAGACGAUAGUGAGAACGCGCUGUCUCUGGAUUUGGGCGAGGACGAAGAUGUUGGGGAAUUCACAAAUAGGUCGAAGAAUGGGCGGUUUGUUUCCAAAAAGGUAAAAUUAGGGGCCAAAAAUACGGCCACAGUCAUUCGUAGCGACGAAGAACCGGACAAGCCCGAACCAAAAAAUACUGAUAGUCCUAAGACCAAAAAUGAUGACAAGCCGGAUGAUAAAGGUGAGGGUGAGACUAAGGUUGAAGAAAGCAAUUCUGUGGACGAGGUAGCGAAUGAACCAGGCGAAGAUAAUGAGACGUUAGCAGAUACCAAUAAGGACACUGAAAAAGACACCCUCGAUGAGACAGAAGUGGCCACGGCUGUGGAGAUUGACACAGCCACCACGGGUAACGAUGGCAACGCCGGUAACCAAGGCAACAGCAGCAAUGCCCAAGGCAACGCUAAACCUCAGGACAAGGAAGUGGAUGUCAUUGCGGCGGCGAACACGCUUGCGAAUGACAUUAUCAGUCGCACUCUGGGCCCGCGAAACCGCAGAGCUGCCGCUGCCAGAGCGAAUGCUAAUGCUAAUGCUAAUGCUGGUGCUGGUGCUAAGACAAAUGCUAAGACAAAUGCCAGCCCUGGUUUCAAUGCUGGGGUUAGCGCAGAGACUAAGGGUGCUGCGGACAAGGACAAGGAAGCGGUGCUUGCAAGAGAAGGAGAUGCGCCAAUGCGGGAUGAGAGAAUUGUCCGCAAUGUGGCCGAAUCUUUACACAAUCCAUUCAGCCGUUCGAAUUCCUGGGCUGCGCAGGUCAACAACAGCUCGGGUCAAAACUACCGUCAGAUCCUACCCAGCCCAAGAUCCAAUGAUUUCAACUCUGCACUCCAACAAGCGUCUCAGCGCAAUGAAUACGAUACGUAUAACCCCAGUAUGGCGGCUCAAAACGCAGCCAACUCAGAUGCUCACGCUAAGAUAGUCGGUGAAGAAGGCAGACAUGCGGCAGGGAUGGACGUAAAUAUGAACGGCCCUAGUAAGGCAAGUGCCACGGGGAGUGGGUGGUUGCCUGGCAACGCACCCGAUGGUGGAAUGCAGGCGGAUAACAAUCUGAUGAAGAGCGUCAAUGCAGCGCGAGUGUUUGCGCAUGAAUGUUCAGAGUGUCAGGAGAAAGAGAGUACGUUGUGGAGGAAGGGUGUGCUUGGAGGUGUCCUGUGCGACGCGUGUUCUAAGAAACACACCGUCAUCACCCGAGGACAGUGCGGGUACUGUGGCGGCUGCGAGUCUGAUCUAUGGCUCAAAGGAGAGGGUGUUGCCGUGGCUUGUCGCAACUGUUACGAGACAGUGGUGACAGAUAACAUCCAACGCAUGGCCACGUGGACUCCUGCCGACGUCGUCGCGUACAUGCACGCACACACCCGCAGGCGCGAGAGUGUGGACGGACGGUAUGCCCAGGAUAUGCAACCCACGCCCGAAAUUACGGGAGCAGGUGUAAAGGGUCCUGAGGGGGACGGUGCAGGUGCAGCUGCGCCUGUACCGGAGGUGGUGGUGCGCACGGCGACACGGUGCAGUCUGCCCGACACUCGGGUCAACUUGCCCAAGCUGCCUCAUAAAGAGUCACACGAAGCACGCGCGCGGUCACAGCCACCACCGGGCAUGGAUAAAGAGCCGGCUAUCGCGGGAAAAAGCGGGACGGAGGCGACAGAUAUGGGCAUACAAGCCCAAGUAGACAUCCCAGCGGGGGACUUGCAGAGUGAGAGGGGUAUAGAAGCGACGGACACGGCACCUACUAAAGAGAUAUUGGCUCCAGGUGGUAGUGUGCCAGGACAGCAUGAUGAGGUGGGAGAUGACCGUCUUGAACUAUCACGAGCACUGCAACAGCGAGUAGAAAGUACUCAAGAGCCGGAUGAAGGACAACACAAUGAGGAGGUGGCAUAUGGUGCGCAAGAACCAGAGACGCACACAGACCAGCAGAGUGUGUACAUGCCACAGCGACACCAGCAGAUGUUGCAACAGCAACAGCAGGGACAACCGCCAAAUGAAUUCGCGCGGGAGUCGAGGAUAGGCAAAGAUCGAGAGAGAAGGGAGGAAGCUGUGAAUAGAACACAGGGACAAUUCUACCCCGUUGCACACCCAGGGCCACAGGAGCGACGGCUGCAGCCCCACCCUGCAACUCGCACCCAGGCUUUCGGACAUGCCCAGGAUGCUGAGGCCAGUCCCGACAUGCGUGAUGACCCGCAACAGUCCCAGAUACGAGGCGUGAACACAUACUCCCCGCAACCUCAACAUGCAGGUCGGCCACCGCAUGAACGAGGACAAGAACGGCCCUUAAGCGAGGAAUACGGGGCACGGCCCAGGCCAACGGGACCGAUGGGUGACGGUGUAACGAUACCUCAGGUACCCACUCGCGCACGACGAUAUCUGAAUAGCCCAGAGAUGGGUUUGGGUGCGAGAGAGGGUAGUCAUGCCAUAGACGCCAGUGAACGUGCACGCGACUUAGGGAGAGAUCCAUAUCAGGAUCGAAUGUCAAUGAAAAUGAAUGCGAGUGACAGUGAGCGUAUGGCGUUGAUUCGCCGACAGGACGACAGUUUGCGUGAACGUGCUCGCGCCGAGGCCAUGCGGCGUGAGGGUGGUGAUGGCGGUAACGGUGGCCGAGAUGGAGGUAGGUAUGACCAAGAUCUGCCGCGUCGUGAACCUUCACUUGCACCUGUAAUUGAGUCCAGGACUGCAGGAAUGGGACAGAAUGAAGGGGGACCGUACGACCCUCGUGCUAGUGGUGAUGUAGGUACAGCACCACCGGGCCGCAGGCUAGGACCAGGAUCAGGAUUCAGACCUGGACCGGGUGGCGUAUAUAGUAGACAAUUGCACAGGAGCGGCACAGCGGGCAUGUCGCAGCCGAGCAGUACACGAGAGUCCCUUGAAAUGGCCCCAGGCCAGUUUUCUGAGCAUCAAGGCCGAGUUCGAGGGCAAGGGCAACCCUACAGGCCAAUGGGGGACAGCUACGAGUCAGCACACGGCCCCCAAACACGCCCUCCAGGUGCAAGCCUCAGGUCACCGCAGCUAGAUGGAGAAGACCAUGCACGACAAGCGUAUGCACAAGCACAGACAGUGGCUCAGCAGGACGCUAGGUUACGCGCCAGGGAGUAUGCGCGCGAACAAGAGCGCAAGAUGUACGGUGUGGAGAAUGACAGGGACCACAUGAGAGAAAGAGAGGGCUCUGCUUAUGGUCGGCCUGCACCACAGGGAAUGCGAGUGCUAUCCUCAGGUGUAGGUAGGAGUAGUCUAGCGGUGGAUUCCGCUAUGCCGGGGUUGAGUCCCGCUUUAAGUGCGGCUGGUGGUGGUAGUGGUGGCACGCGCAAUAGUUUUGGCGCGGGAAGUGUCCAGAGUGGACGGUAUGGGGCACCGCUACAGGGAGGCGUAGGAGGGCCAUCUCGCUCGUAUGUACAACAACAACAACAACAACAUAGAUAUCCACCACCACAACACCACCCACAUCGAUACCAGCAGCCGCAACAACCACGUGGGCUGGGACAGGCUGGGCCACGUGGGUCUGUGGAUGAUAUAUCGUCCGGAAAGCCCGACAUGGGCACGGAAAGAGGGCCUCCUAGGGGUGCGCCUGACUUGGCUGAAGGCGCGCGACCAUCUGUCUCUGGGCCUUUGAGCACAUCACAGCAGCAACAGCUGCGUCAACAACAACAACACGCACUGCACCAGCAGAGUAUGUAUGGCAGGGCUAAGGAUAUGAGCGCAGGCGAGUACAGGGCGGGAGACCCGGGUCUGAGCGAACGGCCCAUGAGUGCCAGAGGAGGUCGAAUGAACGCUGAUAUUGAGAGAGAUGGUAUGCGGGAGAGAGAGCAUGAACGAGUGCGAGGGCCCAUGGGUUAUGGGAGAGGUAUGGGCAACGACCAUAAAGCGGGCACACCGCAUCCUGGUAUGUUUGCACCAGGCCCCAGUCCACAAAUGCAGGUGCAGGACAGAGACGGGUGGGAAAACCAGUCCCAUCUGUCUAAGGUAUCGCCAGCCCAACAAGCGCGGGGGGGUCAGGCUGGACCACCCCCUGCUCAUCACUUGGAUGUGCAACAGCGAUAUGGUAGAGGGUCAAAAUCUAGCGGGAGUGCAUACUUCAAGGGUGGCAUUGAUGAACACAAGCGCGAGGGUGAAACCCGCGAAGAUGUCGCACGAUCGCACUUCUCACAUGCCAGUUAUGGUGCACAACGGCAACUAGGACGUCAACAGUACAUGCAGCAACAGCAGUACUUACAAAGCAGGCAACCGCAAGACGGUCCAGGCAAUGACUACAAUCCACGUCCAGGCACAUCACCACCUCCACCGCGGUCAUACUAUGCGGAGAGAGAGUUGGAUAGAGACAUGCCUCCCCGUGCGCAGGGCGACAGGAUGCGCGAGAGAGAGGCAUACCUGCGCAGAGAUCGCGAAAGGGUCGAGACAGGGGGAGGGCCUGUAGUGGGAAUGUGUACAGGUGCAGGUGCAGGUGGUCCUUAUAGUAGACCUGGGGAGUACCAGUAUGGGCGUACGCGCCCUGGAGACCAGGAUCAGGGUCAGUACGCUAUGUCACCACAGGAUGCACGCUCACCAGAGCAAACAACAAAGAGGAGAGGUGAUUGGGAAUAAUGUGAGAUUAAGAUAGAAACAGAGGGAACAUGAAUACCUACGAAGAUAAUAAAAUAUGUACAUCCUCAGAUAUCCUCA